GUGCGUGCGAGCCGUGACUGUACGGUCCUGUCAUGACGCAUACGCCAAAAUUAUGCUUUAUAACUUACUGUCUAGUCACCAGUAACUCAUGAAAACCUUCGCACAAUAACCAACAUGUCGGACGAAGAGCUACCGUCUACUUCUCGGGAGGCGCACGCGGAGGCAGAAGAGGAAGACCCACCAUUUCUCCUGGACCCUCCUCCUAAAGCAGCUGUGAAGGAGAGCUUGGUUGACCCUGAGUAUGAAGAAAAAAGAAAAACAGAUCGUGCAAACAGGUUUGAGUUCCUGCUGAAGCAGACUGAGCUGUUCGCUCAUUUCAUUCAGCCUGCCAGUCAGAAAUCCCCCACCUCACCUCUGAAGGUGAAGGUGGGGAGACCCCGAAUCAAACAGGAUGAGAAACAGAACCUGCUGUCUGUUGGAGAUAACCGCCAUCGUCGAACAGAGCAGGAGGAGGAUGAGGAACUCUUAUCCGAGAGCAGGAAGGCAGCUAAUGUUCUUGUUCGUUUUGAGGAGUCACCCUCAUAUGUUAAGAAUGGAGCUUUGAGAGAUUAUCAAAUCCGAGGCCUGAACUGGAUGAUUUCUCUGUAUGAGAACGGCAUCAAUGGCAUCCUGGCUGAUGAGAUGGGUCUGGGUAAGACCCUGCAGACAAUCGCGUUGCUAGGCUACCUUAAGCACUAUAGGAACAUUCCCGGCCCCCACAUGGUCCUAGUGCCCAAAUCUACCCUGCAUAACUGGAUGAAUGAAUUCAAACGCUGGGUGCCCACCCUGAAGGCCGUCUGUCUCAUCGGGAAUAAAGAUGAAAGAGCAGCGUUCAUACGUGAUGUGAUGAUGCCCGGUGAAUGGGAUGUGUGCGUGACAUCAUACGAGAUGGUGAUUCGGGAGAAAUCUGUCUUUAAGAAGUUUAACUGGCGCUAUCUGGUUAUCGAUGAGGCCCAUCGCAUCAAAAACGAGAAAUCAAAGUUGUCAGAGAUUGUGCGUGAGUUUAAGACGACCAAUCGUCUGUUGUUGACUGGUACCCCACUGCAGAAUAAUCUACAUGAGCUCUGGUCGCUUUUGAACUUUCUGCUGCCUGAUGUGUUCAACUCUGCCAGUGAUUUUGAUUCGUGGUUUGACACAAAUAACUGUCUGGGUGAUCAGAAGCUGGUUGAAAGACUUCAUGCAGUUCUGCGUCCAUUCCUGUUGCGUCGUAUUAAAGCGGAGGUUGAGAAGAGUCUUCCUCCCAAGAAAGAGGUGAAGAUUUACCUGGGGCUCAGUAAAAUGCAGAGAGAAUGGUACACACGUAUCCUGAUGAAGGAUAUUGACAUCCUGAAUUCUGCCGGAAAGAUGGAUAAGAUGCGGCUUUUGAAUAUUCUGAUGCAGCUGCGGAAAUGCUGCAACCAUCCGUACCUGUUUGACGGGGCAGAGCCUGGUCCCCCAUACACCACGGACACACACUUAGUCACCAACAGCGGCAAGAUGGUUGUGCUGGAUAAACUUCUGCCUAAAGUGCAAGAGCAAGGAUCCAGAGUGUUAAUAUUUAGCCAGAUGACACGUGUGUUGGAUAUUCUGGAAGAUUAUUGCAUGUGGAGAGGGUUUGAGUACUGCAGAUUGGAUGGCAAUACACCUCACCAGGCCAGAGAGCAAGCCAUAGAUGCUUUUAAUGCCCCAAACAGCAGUAAAUUUAUCUUCAUGCUGAGCACACGGGCAGGUGGGCUGGGGAUUAAUUUGGCUACAGCUGAUGUGGUGAUUCUCUACGACUCGGACUGGAACCCACAGGUGGACCUGCAGGCCAUGGACCGUGCUCACCGUAUUGGACAGAGGAAACCAGUAAAAGUGUUCAGGUUGAUCACAGACAACACAGUGGAGGAGAGAAUUGUGGAGAGAGCGGAGAUGAAACUUCGUCUGGACUCUAUAGUGAUUCAGCAGGGACGGCUGAUUGACCAGCAGAAUAAAAUUGGGAAGGAUGAAAUGCUACAAAUGAUUCGACAUGGAGCAACACACGUGUUUGCCUCUAAAGACAGUGAACUAACAGAUGAAGACAUCAACACCAUUCUGGAAAGAGGCGCCAAGAAGACGGCGGAGAUGAACGAACGCUUGAAGAACCUAGGUGAGAGCUCGCUGAGGAACUUCACCAUGGACACAGGUUGCACCGAGACCAGCCUUUACAACUUUGAGGGAGAGGAUUACAGAGAGAAACAAAAACUAAGUUUGAUCGAAUGGAUCGAGCCUCCUAAGAGAGAAAGGAAGGCCAAUUACGCUGUAGAUGCUUACUUCAGAGAAGCACUGCGAGUCAGCGAACCAAGAGCCCCAAAGGCCCCUCGACCCCCAAAGCAGCCCAACAUCCAGGACUUUCAGUUCUUUCCACCACGUCUCUUUGAGCUGCUGGAGAUGGAGAUUCUUUACUACAGGAAAACCAUCGGAUACAAGGUUCCACGUAAUCCAGAUAUCCCAAAUUCAGUACAGGUCCAAAAGGAGGAACAAGCAAAGAUAGACGAGGCAGAACCCCUCUCACCUGAAGAGACAGAGGAAAAAGAGAAACUACUCACACAAGGCUUCACAAACUGGAACAAGCGUGAUUUCAAUCAGUUUAUUAAAGCUAAUGAGAAGUAUGGUCGUGAUGAUAUUGACAACAUCGCCAGAGAGGUGGAGGGCAAGACGCCGGAAGAAGUCAUGGAGUACUCCGGUACAAUACACACCAGAUCAACUAUACACAAUGUGAACUGUCAUAUUGGUGUGCGUGUUUGUGAAAGCGUGUGGGAGCUGCAGCGGCGCUGUAACACGCUCAUUUCUCUCAUUGAGAAAGAGAACAUGGAGAUAGAGGAAAAAGAGCGCGCUGAGAAAAAGCGAAGAACACCCAAAGGACAAUCAGCUCACAAGCGUAAAGCCGACGUGUCGUCUGACAGGAAAGAGAAGAAAUCUCGUACCUGACUCGUGUACCCGCAGCCCUUUGCUCCUCAUUACGAAGCACUACAAUAAUCAGACGCCUCUCUACAGCAUUUUGCCAUUCUGUUUUUAUCUGUUGUAUCUGUGACUUAACACCAGGUUCUUAAAAUAACCAUGUACAUUUUUUGGGACAUCUAAAAUACUUCCAUACUGUAUUGAUUUUUGUCCCACGGGCUGCAUACAUGUUGGCAGCUACACAUUUUGCUAAAGCUUGUUUUUAAUCAAAAAUUUUUUCUAAAUGUUCCUUGUUCAUAUCAACAUUGGCAUUUAUUUAGCAUGCUAAAUAGAGGCUCUAAAGCCUGUUCUGGUCUUGUUUGUGUUUUAUAAAUGAAAACUUUUUGCCUGUUAUUGUAUGUUUAAGGUCUCUGUGGUCCACCUUAAUCCAUGUGAUCUGUAGCUUUGCACAUCCAGUCUUCUUAAGCUCUUUUAUACAUUCAUGUGCCAUUUUAAUGUUGCAUUUAAGCAAUUUUACACAUUCUUGUUUGGACUCUUGUUUGAACCUUUCCUUAUCUUUAUAUGUACAAGUCUAGUAUUAUUAAA